UUAUUACAGCUAAUAUUAUAAAAAAAUGUAUCUUCGAGAGACUGUGUAGAUGGCCCUCUAAAUUUUAACACGCGGAUAUUCUUAGUACAAAGACAAAAAUCGACAGGCAGGUGAAACAAAUCGCCGUGACGAGGAUGGCGCUGCUGGCGCUCAAGCCUAAUCCACUGCCGAACGGCUUCCGCCUCUGCCCCAAGCGCACCAACGCCUCUGCAGCCGCCGCCGCCGCAAGGUCCCCCAGUGUCCACCCUCUCCCCGACGAGCUCCAGCUGGUGGCGGACAUCCGGUCCCCAUACAACCACAUCCGCGUGGCCGACGUCUCCCCGCGGGCCGCGGGCCACCCGCUGGCCGGCGCCCGCCUCCUGCUCCUGGACGGCCCGGGCAACAUCCACUCCCUCACCUUCCCGCGCCGCGGCGACCGGCCCCCGCUCACCGGCACCUACCUCGACGCCUUCGCCACCCUGCCGCCGCUCCUCCCGCGGCCGUCGCUCGCGGUGCUCGGCUUCGGCGCCGGCGCCGCCGCCCGCGCGCUGCUGCACUUCUACCCGGACAUCUCCGUGCACGGCUGGGAGCUGGACCCCGCCGUGGUCGCCGUGGCGCGCGACUUCUUCGGCCUCGCGGACCUGGAGAGGCGCCACGCGGCGCGCCUGUCCGUGCACGUCGGCGACGCGCUGGAGGCCCGCGCGCCGCCCGGCGGCUUCGGCGGCGCCGCGGUCGACCUGUUCGCCCGCGGCAGCGUGCUGCCGGCGCUCCAGGAGCCGGGCACGUGGCGGCGGCUGGGAGCGCUCGUGGCGCCCGGGGGCAGGGUGAUGGUGAACUGCGGCGGCGCGGGCGUGGAGGCCGAGGACGAGGGGCGGGACGGCGCGGCGGUCAAGGACGCCACGCUGCGGGCCAUGGCCGCGGCGUUCGGGGAGGGCGCGGUGUCGGUGCUGCACGUGGACGGGAGCUGGGUGGCGAUGACGGGGCCGCCGGUGACGGCGGCCGCGUGGAGGGCGCGGCUGCCUCCAGAGCUGCGGCAUUUCGUUGACGCGUGGAGACCGUACGGCGGCGGCGCGAGUGGCGAAUGAACUCGGCUCAGCUGGGACUUCAUCACUGGUUGAGUGGUUGUGUGUCUUUUAAAUCAACCACAUCUCAUCACUCACAGACACAUAUACGAUGUGUUUGGUUUGUGGAGUCACUCUAUACUUUAUGAGGUGAUGCAUCAUAAGUUUAUUUCAUAGAAUCAACUCA